CAGCAGAGUCCGCGCUGUGCUCUUGAGACGCAGGGACGAGACGCGUGAGGAAGGAAGCAGCGGCCUCUCUCCAAGAUGGCGGCGACCAUAGACAACAGCAAUGCUGCUCUGGCGACGAAGAAAAAGCACCUCGGGAUCCCGGAGGCCGCGUUUGUGGAGGACGUGGACACCUUCAUGAAGCAGGCCGGCAACGACACGGCCGACGCGGUGCUGAGGAGGCUGGACGAGCAGUACCAGAAGUAUAAGUACAUGGAGCUCAACCUGUCCCAGAAGAAACAGAGGUUGAAAAACCAGAUCCCACAAAUCACAGAGACGCUAGAAAUCCUCCGACACAUGCAGAAGAAAAAGGAAACCACAGAUCCCAUGGAGACUCACUUCCUAUUGGCUGACAAUGUUUACUGCAAGGCCUCAGUGCCGCCCACCGACAAAGUCUGUCUAUGGUUAGGGGCUAACGUGAUGCUGGAGUACGACAUCGACGAGGCCCAGGCUCUCCUCGAGAAGAACCUCUCCACGGCGUCACGCAACCUGGAGCAGCUCGUGGAGGAUCUGGAUUUCCUGCGAGACCAGUUCACCACCAUCGAAGUCAACAUGGCCCGAGUCUACAACUGGGACGUGAAGAGAAGGAGCAAAGAAAACCUCCUGAAAUCAGCAGACAAGUCUUAAUAUCCUCCUCCUCCUCUUCAGCUGAAUAUCUUCUCUUUAGUCCGAA